UUUAUUUGUAUUAAUUAAUUUGAAGAAAUUCAUUUCAGAUGAUUAAUAUUAACUUCACUUUUUAACCUCUCCAAUGGUAUGGAAUCUCUCUUUAAGGAAACUUUUAGUUUUCUUUGACUUUCUAGUUUUAACUUCUUAUGCCUUCUGGUACCCAAAUAGGUUAAACUAUUGUUCAUUAAUACUUCUGUCAGUCAGUUAUAUGGUCCUUUCUGAAUUCUUAGAAGAUUUUAGUUCUAUUUCAAACUUCUUUUUAAGGAUAUUCAUCAAGAACUAAUCAAGUCAAAUGCAUUAUUUUAAUUAAAGCAGCUAUAAUGGAAGGCGGGACUGGACUAGGGGAUUGAGGAAAAUCAGAGGUAUAAAUAGUACACCAGGAAUAGAUUCAAACUGCUCUUCCCAAUUCCUUCACAAGUCUCAAAUGAAAUACUUUUGAUUCCAAGACACGGGACAUUCUUCUUUUCCAGGGGCGUAUUUACUUUAUCUUUGCUUGGCUGGGAUUGUCUACUUUGCAAUUUCCUUUCUUUCUUUGUGGAUUUUAUAUGCAUUCAGUGCAUAUCACUGGCAUUUUGAAGUUCCUUUUAUGUUUCAGACUAAGGAAAAAUGAAAGUAAAAGUAAAAAGCUUUCUGACUCAGCUUAUGCUAUGUAAAUUAUCAGAGUUUAUAAAUUAUAAGUAAGUCCUAACUCCUUACUUUACUUGGCAAAAGAGAAGCUCUGACAAGGAAAGCAAAAAAAAGCAACACUUUGUAAGGCCACACCUUAAUGAUCUGCAUUUGUGGAGGGGAGUCUUGCCAUGAAAAAAUGAAAAGAAAAUGUCUCCUUUGAAAGAGGAAGUAUUCAUCCAAGAAACAGGUCUCAACUUGACCCUCCAUUUCUAGUUGCUCUCUACUGGCUACUUGGGAUUAGGAGUUUUCUAGUUUCCAUCAAGUUCUGAGAAAGUGAGAAACUGUCACUUUCCUGUUUCUGGUUCAGUUUCCACAUCUUUACGGAAGGGAUACCUUGCUAUCUCUGAGGCUUAAAACCCAAAGUGACUUAUUUUGGAGCUGGAAAUAUGAAAGGGGUACAAUGGACACUUGUGAUGUUUAUCAGGAAUAACCUUGGAAUUUGGAACUGGAGUACCACGUGGAGUAGAUUCAGUAAAUAAGAAAGUCAUUGUUAUACUUUAAAUGCCAAGAUCUUGCAUCAAUAUGGAAGAUGACAAUAAUCUUGAGUUUUGUCAGAAGCUUCUUUUCAUCAAUGAAAAUUUGGGGCAUGAUGAUGUAGAGGCUCUUAAGUUUCUCUGCAGUGACUUGAUCUCACUUAAGAACCUUGAGAGUAUAGACUCUGCUUACAAGCUGUUUGAGAAAUUAAUGUGUGAAGAUUUGUUGAAUAAAGAAAAUUGUUUCCUAGUAGCAGAGCUCCUCUUCCUAAUUAAGCAACAGUAUCUACUACAUCAAAUUGGGUACACAAAGGAAAAAGUACAGAAAGAACGUUCUACCAAAAGGAUAAUCUCCUCAUACAGAAUCAUGCUUUAUAACCUGGCGGAGGAAAUCACAACAGAAGAUUUUGAUCAUAUAAAAUUCCUCCUGAAAAAGGAUAUUCCAAAAACAGUAAAGUCUUUUUUAAGUCUUUUGAGAUAUUUGGAGAAACAAGAACUUUUAAGUGAGAAUAAUCUGGAGAUACUGGAGAAUGUAUUCAAGUCUUUGUCAAAAAGUCUUAUGAAAAGGAUCAACCAAUACAAAACUGAGAAAGAGGAGGAAAAGUUAAGUGUUGCAUCAGGCCUUGAUGAAUGCUUGUGGAAGACAUCUCUUCAAGAGAACCCAGAGGAGGCAACACAAUAUGAGAUGACUAGUAAACAUAGAGGUCUCUGCAUCAUUUUCAACAACUUUAAGUUCAAGACCAUGAACUUCAGGAAAGGAAGUUGUAAAGAUGAAGGUGAACUGAAGAGUGUUUUUGAGUGGCUUGGAUUCACCGUGACAGCUCAUAAGAAUAAAACAAAAGAAGAAAUGGAAAAUAUUCUGCGUUUGUGUAGAAAUGACCCGAAGCACCAAGAGAGUGAUUGCUUUGUUUGCUGCAUCCUUACCCAUGGCGACUCUGGUUGUGUUUUCUCCUCGGAUGAAAAGAGCAUAGCUAUUAAGGAAAUCCUAAACUACUUCACAGCCAAGCAAUGCCCAGGCCUGAUUAACAAACCCAAACUCUUUUUCGUCCAAGCCUGUCAAGGCAAAGAUGAACAAAAAGGCGUGCUUCUUGAAGCUGAUGCUAGGAGUGUCAAUAACUCACUUUCUGUCCCCAAGAAUAUCCCUCAGAUGUACAUUCCAACGGAAGCAGAUUUUCUUCUUGGGAUGGCCACCGUUGAUGGCUGUUUUGCUGUGCGACAUAUAGAGAAAGGUUCCUGGUAUAUUCAAGCCCUCUGCCAUCUUCUGAAACGCUUGGUACCAAGAGAAGAAGACAUCUUAACCAUCCUAACAAUUGUCAAUAAUGACGUGAGCAAACAGGCUAUUGAUGAGAAGGGAGAAAUGAAACAGAUGCCCCAGCCUGCUUUUACUCUACGGAAAAAAGUUAUAUUCCCGGUGCCAUCUGAUGUCUCUCUACUAUGAGAAGAGGAUUUUCUUUUCCUUAUGGAAUGACAAAAUCUGAAAUAAGGAAAAAAAAAACUCAAAUAAGAGUUAGUCUAGAGGAAAUCCCACCAAUGAAUUUCUUUGCAUUAUGAUGACAGACGAUCAUGCAACCUCUACUUGAAGUGAAGUUUCUCAUUAAUUUGUGAUGCAACUUAUUCUAUUUUUGGAUAGUUUUGAUCAGGAGAAAGGUUUGUCUUGUAGUAAGCUAAAAACCUUGGCUAUCUACAUUCACUACCCAGUGGAAUUAGUUUAUUUCUCUGGAGUGGUAUGACAUAUAUCUAAGCCUUCUGCCAGUAUCUCCUAUCUUCUGCCAUGAGAACUUUUUAAAUACUUGAAGACUGAUCUUCUCUUUUCCAGUUCUAUUAGCUGGAAAAAUCUGUGACAUUUGGCUGUUUCUGUACUUUCUUCGUAGAAAGAUAACUUCAUGUUAUUUUUAUUAAAAUGCUCUGAAUUCCUAAGGAUACCUUGUUGGGUGAAAUGGAAAUAGUUCAGUUAUGUUUGAGUUCUAGUUUUAAAAAUAUAAUAGAGCACUAGCCUUGGACUUAGCUGAGAUCUAGAUUCCAGCCCAGCCUUUAACACUUAUAAGUUAUAUGACCACAGGUGCUAGCUACUUAACUCUUGUGAACUUCAAUGGUCACAUCUGUAAAAUUGGGAAAAUAUCACCAGCUGCUGAACUUCUGAGAAUUCUGCUUUUUAACUGGAAAAGAUAUAAGGAAGGGCUUUAUAAAACUUAAUGUAGCCCCAAAUAGGAAAGAUUGCCUCACAAAGUAGUUGAUUUCUAGUCCCCAAAAUUAUCCCAGAAAACAAUAGCAACUUUCAUUCUGACUCAUUAUUUGAAAAACAAUUCUCCUAAAUCUGUUUCAUCACUGCUAUUUUCUGCACAGCUUCCUUUAAAAAAGGAGUAGCUCAUAAUUCUGAGCCUUGACAUUCUUAGAUGAUUUCUAGUACUGUAUUCAGUGUAUUUAAUAGUCAUUUUUACAAAAAAAGGACAAAAACAAAAAAAAAUUGGAAAUUAGAUUUUUAAAUUUGUCAGGAGAAUAAUAAAUUAGAACUCUGAUGAAAAUACAAAAGCAUAUGAAGAUAUGUGAUCUGAUUCAAGGUUAAUUGAGUGGAAUGAGGAAAAUGGCAUAUAAAGUGAUUGUAAUAAUACAGAUGGAAGACAUUGAAAAUGUGUUCUGCAAAAUUAUAAUGGUCAAACUUGGCACCAAAGAAAAGAUAUCAGAGGGUACCUCCUCUCUUUAAUAGGUUGGGUCUAGCUCAGAACAGUCUUCUGGUAAUUUAGGUUUGAUACUGGAAUAAAAUGAAGCACUCUUAGAACAUAAAAAGUUUACUUAAAGCAUAGCCAACAAGGAGACAGCAUAUGGAUCUGGAUUCCAUAUGGGUAGAUCUCUUUUAUAUUCUUAUGUGUAAAUUUCAGGGACAGUUUCAUUAGUUUUUAAGGAAAAACUAGUCUUGGAUUGGGUGAAAUGUUAAGAAAAGCAAGCCUAGUCCUUACGACCUGGGAAAUGUUAGGUAAUAUUGCUCCUACCAUACCAUACUUCCUACCAUACCAGACUAUUCUAUGCAUUUGUAAAUGUGAUUUUGAGAAAGGGUUUGUAGUCUUUACCAGAUAGCUGAAGGAGGUCAUGACAUAAAAAAGUUAAAGACCUGGAAUAAAUGAGAACCCUGACAAAUAGUCCUAUACUAUGAAGUUUUUUUUUUUUUUUUUUUUUUUAUCCCAUCACUUAAAAGUACUCUCUCUUUUUUCAAAAUUUAUAGAAUACUUUGUUACAAUGACUAACCACCUUCUAUGAUAUAUUUAUAUAUGUAUAUAUUGUGUUUCUCCAAGUCUCAGAUAAUGUCUUAGUCAUUUAAAAAAAAUCUUUGAAUCUCUAUGACCUUGUACCCCGCAAAAUGCUCACACCAUUUAUUGUUGUGAGAAUUCUUUAAUAACUUUUUUGGAGUCUACUAGACUUAAAUGUUAAUUGUCUAUAAUAAAUCAUUAUUUGAUUUCUUUUACUUUAUCCUGUUGUGGAGUUGGCUGUCUAUGGCAGUUCUUCUUUCCACAGAUUAGAGAUCUGGAGUUAAAAGAAACUAUUUAAUCCAAAUCCCUCAUUUUAAAGAUUAAAAACAAAAAAGUUAGGUGAUUUGUCUUGGUCUCUUUCUCUGACAAUCCUUGAGUGCUUAUUUCCUUUGUUUUCUUUGAAGAUUUCUUCACAAAACUAUCUGACAACAUUGAUUAUGUCUCUGAGCAAUUAACAUUAUUCUAGAACAGGUCUGAGAUUUUUUCCUCUUCAAUAAUAAAAUGACAACUAAAUGCUGUUUUGAAUGUACAUUGAAAGAAAUCUAGUGAUGAAUAAGACAUGAUUUUGUGUUUGAAAUUAUGAUGCUUUUAGAAAACUUUUUGUAAACUUAUAUUUUUAAAUAAGAGAUUUUCUGUUUAAAAAAACCCUAUGUAUACUGUGAAAUUCUGUUCUCAAUCAGUCAAUCAUUUUCUGCUUUGGCUUCUUUGUAAUAAAACUAGUAAUAUUUUCUUAGAUAUUGAUAUGAAAAUGCAGCCUUUACUGGUAAGUGAGUCAGCUUCAGAAUCAGGAUGAACUCAGUUCAGAUUCCACUUUUGCACCUAUUGGUAAUGAUACCUGGGUAGAUCACUUAAUCUCCCAAUGCUCCAGGCAACCCUCUAGAAAACCCUCUAGAACUAUAAAUUGGAGAAAUUAUCAAUCUGUAUUGGAAGAAAGGAGAAACUCCCAACUCCAGUGAUAUCUCAGGUAUGAAAGAAAGGAAAAAGGAAAUCAGGAAGAACAAAAAAAAAGAAAAGAAGAAAAAAGGAAGAAAGAAUAAAAAAAGUGAAAGGAAGGAAACAAAAAUGGAAAAUAGAAAGGACUGAAAAAAGGGAAAAAAGAAGGAAAGAAUGGUAUGGUUAUAAAAGAAAAAUCUUAACAAUGAAAGCAAUGGUUUAAUAAAUGAGAAGGAAUCAAUUGGUCAUGAAAUAAAUGAAAAUUUAUGUUUUCCAA